AUGGUUGAUUCAGAAGCGUUGAUCGCCGCAGUUCGUGAGCAAAGAUUGUUGUGGGACAAAAAACAUAAACAUUAUAGGAAUCGUUUAUUAAUACAAAGAAGUUGGAAGAAUGUUGCCGAAGCAUUAGAAUGCACAGCUGAUGAUGUGAAAAAGAAGUGGAAGAAUUUAAGAGAUUCCUAUAACAGAGAGCUUAAAAAAGUAGAAAAGCCAAGAUCGGGUUCGGAUGCAGAUCAAAAUGGUCAAUAUCAAGGCGAUUGGCCACAUUUUGAAUCAAUGCAAUUUUUAAAGACAAUUUUGAAACCUCGUAAAACUACUAGUAAUAUUCAAAAUGAAAUAUUAGAUGAAAGCGACAUUAUCGAUGAUGAUACAAUGAUGUCUAUUCUUUCUGAGCAAACAUCAUACAAUACACAAACCGAUGAAUCGCAGUUCAAUACAGAUGAUACCAAUUUGGCAACAAUUGAUGGCCCUACGACUGAUGCUGCAACUGCACAAAAUGCUAUUUCGGCACAGAUACGAUAUGAUACCUCGACACCUGGAUCGUUGCAUACCCCAUCGCGAGCGUUGCCUAACCAAAAGGUACAAGAAAGUGCAGCAAAAAGUAUUGAAGAAAUUUUAAUAACACUCGAACGAGAAAAAAUAGACCUAAUGAAGAAAGAUUUAAAUGAAGUCGACGACGACUUGAACUGGUUCAAGUCUAUAAUGCCGUAUAUGAAAAAGCUACCAUCUCUGAAUAAAUUAUUAUUUCGGACUCAGGUUCAGGAGAUGCUCAUCAACGAAAUAUCAAAACUGAAUACCCCAUCAAACACAGAAUCUUCAACGAUGAGUUACUUCACUUCUGGUGAUUCAUCUCAGUGA